UCUUCUCUACCCUAAUCUUUGACUCACCCAUACAACUUUUUAUCAUAUAAACAUAAAAAAACAUUCACAAUAAAAACACAAUCUGCAAAUAUAUAUGCCCAUCAAAUUCACUCUUCAAUCUUAAUAUAUCUUUCAGUGUUACAAUUGUUUUUCUUAUUUAUUUUCUUCUAGUGAACAUGGUUUUUUUAUCUUGGAGGAGACGAAGAGCCGGUAAUCGUGCCCAGCUUUCCGGAGGAGGCAAUUUGGAGAUGGAUCUUACAAUUCCCAGUCAUUUUCUGUGCCCAAUAUCUCUCGAUCUGAUGAAAGAUCCGGUUACUUUAUCAACCGGGAUCACAUAUGAUCGAGAGAAUAUCGACAAGUGGAUUGAAUCCGGUAACGACAAGUGUCCGGUUACCAAUUCGGCCUUAACAAGUUUUGAUCAAAUACCAAACCAUUCAAUAAGAAGAAUGAUCCAAGAUUGGUGUGUUGAGAACCGCUGUCACGGCUUCGAACGCAUACCCACGCCGAGAAUCCCGGUGACCCCUCGCGAGGUAUCGGAGAUUUGCUCAAAGAUCAUGUCAGCGACUCUACGUGGUGAUCAGAGCAAGUCGAUGGAAUUGGUGCUAAAAAUCAAGACUUGGGCAAGAGAUAAUGAUCGAAACAAGCAGUGCAUUGCAGAGAACGGAACUGGUUUUGUGUUAUCGGCUUCAUUCGAGGCUUUUGCAUCGGUUUCAAAUGAAGAACAUGAAGGUUUGUUGGGAGAGAUCUUGUCUGCAUUGACAUGGAUGUUCCCACUGGGUAUAGAAGGGCAAUCCAAGCUAGGUUCAGCCCAAUCUUUACGUUGCAUGGCAUGGUUUUUGAAAGGGGAAGAUCUUUCUGCUCGGCAAAACUCAGUUUUAGCCCUAAAACAGCUUCUUUCUUUGGAUCAAAAGCACGUAAUCUCUUUCGCGGAGAUUGAAGGUGUUGAUGAAGCUUUGGUGAAGAUGGUUAAAGACCCAAUUUGCCCUACAGAUACUAAAGCUUCUCUGAUGGUGAUUUACUACAUGAUCACACCAUCAACAGUGAGUGAGAAACUUGCAUCAAGAUUUGCAGACUUGGGUUUGGUCUCAAUUGUUUUGGAAAUUCUUGUUUGUGCUGAAAGAAGCAUUUGUGAGAAGGCUUUGGGAGUUUUAGAUGGUAUUUGUGGUUGCAAAGAAGGGAUUGAAGAGGCUCGAAACCACGCGUUAAUCAUGCCGGUGUUGGUUAAGAAGAUAUUGCGAGUUUCGGAUGUGGCAACAGAGUUUUCAGUCUCCAUUCUCUGGAAGCUAUGUAAGAAUGAUGAUGGUGGUGGUGGCGAUCAGGCGGUGGAGGUGCUUCAAAUGGGUGGUUUUCAGAAGCUGUUGCUGGUCUUACAAGUUGGUUGUGAGGAUAGAACAAAGGAGAAGGCUACUGAGUUGUUGAAAUUGUUGAAUCAGUAUAGAGAUAGGUUGGAAUGUUUUGAUUCAACUAUGGAUUUCAAGUAUCUCAAAAGGUCAUGGUAAGGUUCUCAAAAAAAAAAGAAAAAUGUCAUGGUAAAUGGUUUGUUAUGGAACAUAUUUGGUAAGGUUAGAUAUGAAAGAUGUACAAUGAUACACAGAAUAUUAUACAAUUAAGGAAUGUUAGGAAUGACAAUAAUGGUGUGGGUAUGUCUCUUUUUUAUUUUUUUAUGAAAAUAAUUUUAAAAAAGAGUAGAUAAUUGAUGUGAUAACUUGUGGCAAAUAAGUCAAUAAGUAACUUGUAAA